AUGGUUGUGAAAAUUCUAUGAGAACAUAGUAAACAACAAAAGUUUGAUGCCUCUAGCUACCUCAAUAAGAAAGCUGUAUGCACUUUCGAUUAAAUAAGCUUGAACCUCAUUCAAAGGUAGCACACAACCUUGCCCCUCAAAUGCCCUCCCCCAAGGAUAAUAUGUGUAGGAUCAAAACCGCGCCCGAGGUUUUGUUUGGGAAGUAUGCCCGCGGAGGAGGGAAAGGGGGGAGGGGCGAUAGGCCCGACCCCCUUUUCCGAGGCCAAGGGCAUACUUCCCAAACAAAACCGAGGGCAAGUUUUUGAUCUCACUUAUGAACUGAUCAAAUAAUAUGAAUUAGAAAUAAUUUUACUAAUUGGUAUUAACAUGACUUCAUUGAUAUUAACUGUUGAGAGCUUAACUGCAAUACGCGGGGAGUACAUCCGCGCGCUGCACGAGACGCACGUGCUUCAGGCCCGUUGUAACAAUGAGCGCACGUGGUUCAAGCCAGUCGAAUGAAUUCCACUGAAGAGGAUGGACGCAGACAACGAUAUAUUUCUGACGCAGUCAGUUUUUAAAGAAUCGGCAUCCUGUGCUGAAGAAGACAAGGAAAGUGAUGACUUUAAAUUCCGUUUAGGAGAUCCACUCUCCGAGCGUGAAAUAACCUUACAAGUUACCGUCAAAAGACUGUGCAAGACGUUCGGUAUUGAGGGCAUGAAGAUAAACCAUUCCUUGAGAGCCACGGCAGCCUCUCGACUGUAUCAAGGUGACGUUGAUGAACAAAUGAUUUGCGAAAUUACCGGACAUCGGAGCGACGCCGUUCAAAAUUACAAGAGAACUUCUGACAACCAAAAGGCAACGGUCUCUGACAUACUUAGUAUUUUGAAAAAAAUGAACUCGCCAUCACGUGAAGAAGCUGAUCCCAAAAGAGCAGAUGACCAAUGACCUGAAGACAAACUAAAUCGAACUGUGACGCUCAAUUUCAAUUUCAUCUAAUAUCAAUAAAUAGUUGAGCCAU